UGCUGGCUCCUUGGAGAAAGCAACGCGUCGUGCUUCCUCUUUAAACUCUAACUCCUCCUUCCAGCCUCAGCCUCCACCAUCCAAAUCUCCCUGGGCAAGAGCGAGGCAGCCCGAAGCCACAACCUGUUUCUCUCUCGCGCGCAGAGCCUCUUCGCUGCCGCUCCGCACCUUCCGCUGUUUUCUCCUCCUACCCCUUCUUCUCUUUUCUUUCCUUUCUUUUCCCUCAUUCCCCACUUCCUUGCUCUUCUAUCCAUUGCUCUCUUCAUCUCCCACCCCUUCCUCCACAUCUCGGGAUUUUUCCAUCCAUCCCUCCAGUCCUCCACCCUUGCCUAUCAUUCCCUUCUUUGCUCUUUCUCUCUCUCUCUCUCUCGGCCAAGCAGCCAUUCAUCAUCCGUCCGUCCCCUUUUCCUGCCCUUCAUCGACCCACAACUCCCGCUCCCAUUGCCCUCCCUCCUCCCCUCCCCUCCCCUCCCCUCCCCUCCCGCCGCCUGUCCCGCCUGCCCCCCCUCGACUUUGUGGGUCGGGGCCCGGGGGCUUCCCCCAGGGGGCACCAUGGCGCUCCUGAGCUCCCCCACCGAGACCGAGUGCUUAACCAAGCCGCUUUUCUGCCGCAAGGGGGCGCUCCGCCAGAAGGUCAUCCACGAGGUGAAGAGCCACAAGUUCACCGCCCGCUUCUUCAAACAGCCCACCUUCUGCAGCCACUGCACGGACUUCAUCUGGGGGAUUGGAAAGCAGGGACUGCAAUGCUUAGUAUGCAGCUUUGUCGUACACAAAAGAUGUCAUGAGUUUGUCACUUUUGAGUGUCCAGGAGCUGGGAAAGGGCCCCAGACAGAUGAUCCCCGGAACAAGCAUAAGUUCAAAAUCCACAGCUACAGCAGCCCCACUUUCUGUGAUCACUGCGGCUCACUCCUUUAUGGGCUGGUGCACCAGGGAAUGAAAUGCACCUGCUGUGAGAUGAAUGUACACAAACGUUGUGUCCAUUGUGUGCCCAGCUUGUGUGGCGUUGACCAUACAGAACGCCGUGGACGCCUCCAACUUCACAUUGAGACAUUUGGGAGCGAUGAGAUCCGGGUGACUGUUGGAGAAGCGCUGAACUUGAUCCCAAUGGAUCCCAAUGGUCUGUCUGAUCCUUAUGUGAAACUCAAGCUGAUUCCUGACCCAAAGAAUCUAACAAAGCAAAAGACCAGAACAGUCAGAUCAACUCUCAAUCCUGUUUGGAAUGAAACCUUCAUUUUCACCCUGCAGCCAGGUGACAUGGACCGGCGCCUCUCCAUUGAGGUUUGGGACUGGGACCGGACCACCCGCAAUGACUUCAUGGGCGCCAUGUCCUUUGGAGUCUCUGAGCUGUUCAAGGGCCCCGCGGAAGGCUGGUACAAAUUGCUCAAUCAGGAGGAGGGCGAAUAUUAUAGUGUCCCUGUGGCUGAUGCAGAAAACUGUGGGCUGCUGCAGAAAUUUGAGGCUUGCAACUUCCCUCUGGAACUCUAUGAGAAAGUUCGCCACGGUCCCAUCUCGUCUCCAUCUCCAAGCCCCACAGACUCCAAGCGUGGUGGAUUCUUUGGCACCAACCGCUUCCACAUCUCGGACUUCAACUUUCUCAUGGUUCUGGGCAAAGGAAGUUUUGGCAAGGUGAUGUUGGCAGAGCGCCGUGGAACAGAUGAGCUAUUUGCCAUCAAGAUCCUAAAGAAAGAUGUGAUAAUCCAAGAUGAUGAUGUAGAAUGUACUAUGGUGGAAAAGCGAGUCUUAGCCAUGGGGGAACGUCCUCAUUUCCUAACCCAGCUACACUCUACCUUUCAAACAGCGGACCGGCUGUAUUUUGUUAUGGAGUAUGUCAAUGGAGGAGACCUCAUGUAUCACAUCCAGCAGGUUGGGAAAUUCAAGGAACCCCAUGCUGUGUUUUAUGCAGCUGAAAUUGCAAUUGGCCUGUUCUUUUUGCAUAACAAGGGAAUUAUUUACAGGGAUUUGAAACUGGAUAAUGUGAUGUUGGAUGCUGAUGGCCACAUUAAGAUCACAGAUUUUGGGAUGUGUAAAGAAAACAUUUUCCCCGGCAUCACCACCCGAACCUUUUGCGGAACACCUGACUACAUUGCUCCAGAGAUUAUUGCUUAUCAGCCCUAUGGGAAGUCAGUGGACUGGUGGUCAUUUGGUGUCCUUCUGUAUGAAAUGUUAGCUGGACAGCCACCAUUUGAUGGAGAGGAUGAGGAUGAACUCUUUCAAUCGAUUAUGGAGCACACAGUUUCCUAUCCCAAAUCUCUUUCACGAGAGGCUGUCUCCAUCUGCAAAGGAUUCUUGACCAAACAUCCACUGAAGCGCCUGGGCUCAGGGCCAGAUGGGGAACGGGAUAUUCGGGAGCAUGGAUUUUUCCGCUGGAUGGACUGGGAGAAACUGGAACAGCUGGAAAUCCCCCCACCUUUCACGCCUAGGCCAUGUGGCCGGAGCGGCGAAAACUUUGACAAGUUUUUCACACGGGCACCACCAGCGCUGACACCCCCAGACCAGCUGGUCCUGGCAAGCAUUGAUCAGAGUGAAUUCCAGGGAUUCACCUAUAUCAACCCUGACUUCGUGCAUCCAUCCACAUUGCGGCGGGGAAGCCUCUCCCCAACCGGCAUGCCUCUCUCCCCAACAGGAAUGCUCCCUUCCCCUACCUCCCUGGUGUGAGAAUGAUCCCAUAAUGACCCAAUCUCCCCGUGCUAAGCCUUGGCGGUAGGACUCUGUUCCUGGGAGCACGAGUCCAAGUUGAAACGCAGUCCUAACUCUAAUCUUAAAAUCCCCAGAAUUAUUUUGUUAAUUGCAUUCUCUGGUGUGUCCCUUCCUUCCUUCCUUCCCUCCGUUAGGUGCAAUCAAAUUGGUGAGGUUAAGAAUGAGAAAGCACACACACACUCUAUAUAUAUUUAUCUACAUCUACAUCAAGGGAAAAAUAGUUUGGGAGCCUAGAUAAAGGAGAGAUUCCUCUUGUUAUAAUCAACCUUUGGAGGGUCCUGAAAUUUGAUUGAGGUGGUCUUCUCACACAUCAGACAACCUAGGUGAGGAAUUUUGUAAAGAUUAUUUAUGACUUGUAAUCUUUUCAGUGCUUGUAUCACAGGAAUCCAGCUUCUCUGGUCCCUGUGUCUUUUGUGAUGGUCCUUCAAAUGGUCCUUUUAGAAGGCUCUGUAGGAGACCAUGAUUUGACUGGAAUCAGGGAAGGAAAGAGUAGAGGGUUGUGAUUCCAAUAAGAUCCUCCUAAUUUCCCCCAGGUAGUUGGGGUACCAGAUGACGCAUCUGGUUAGAAAUGGCUAAACCACAGGUUACCCUCCAGCUAAUUUUAUGCCAUGCAUAUUCUGCGUAAAAAUAAUUUAAAUGGCCAAAGGGUAACAGAGGGGGCUGCAUUUUGUGACAGGGGUAUUGUAAGUGAAAUUUGACUCAGGCUGUAUCAUCUGCUCUUGUUCCAGGACUAUUAUAUGGCUGCAAAGCUUUAGAAAAUGUCCUGGUUGAUAAUGCAGCAAAAUGACAGCUAUAUGGUGAAAUGUAGCUGUGUAAUGAAAACGGAGAUCUAAAUGUGAAGCAGACACUGCAUCGCUUAACUCUGCCUGAGAUUUGGGCUGCAAAAGUGGAAUGCCGCGGCAUGGGUUUAUUGAAUCAGAGAAUUCCGUGCUCCACAGAACCACGUAAACGUAGAUAUGUAAUUAGUGGAGAAAGAGCAGUCUCAGAAUGCUGUGUCCAUUUACACAGAAAGUGUUGGAGGAAGAGAACCUACCCUUAGUUGCUACUACUGUAGUGUGCAGAAUAGAUAUUUCUUUACAGACUUAAAAUAUUGACUCUCCUCUGCUUGUCCUUCAGACGUGUUGGAACCGUAGCUCCAGAAAUCCCAAUUCUAGCGCAUCUGCAGGAUGCCAAGCUGGAGAAUCCCAUCUGAAAGGAUAACUAGUCUACAUUAAGAGAUACUGAGUUACUCCCUUGAAACAAUUUUUAAGUCGGGAAGCUAUCAAGGAAGAAUGACCGCCUCCUCUCUCCAUUGAUUAUUGGUUCAAAUAAUUUCUGAUACUCAUUUCAAUUAAUAUCCCUUAUCCUAUUUGCAAAUUGUAAUCUUUAGCUUCACCUCCAUGGUGCUUUUCCUAGUCUUAUCUGCUACAGUGUAAUACUAUAAUACUUGAUGUAUCUGUCUACUUAAAACCCUGAUUCCUUGCUCCUCACACCUUGUUAGUAGGCCUUCCUCCCCAAAAUCUUGUGAAAUCCUCACCAGGCCUUCUUCCAUCCCAGGCAUCACAUUGUACUUGGCGCAUCCGCCUGGCCCUUUGUGUCUUAAUGUCCCCUCCACUGACACCUUCCUCUAACGUGGCUUCCCAUCAACCAACUCAACAGCUGUAAAUAAAACUUUGGAAGAGAGCAACGAUAGUGGCUUUGUUGGCAUUAGACUUGGAUAAAACAUGUCCCUUCUUCCGCAGAACAGCAUGUCCACAUGAAAACUUGGUCGUCUUCUCUUUCGUGCAUUAGCUAUUAUAUAAUUAUGCAUUUAUUUAUAUGUACAUAACGAACAUGAAUAUCUUCCAUGUUUCUUUCUUUCUAAAGGGACACUCAUCUCUUUUCUUCCAAGCUACACCUGACUGUCUUUUUACAGCUUUAAAACUGAGGUAUGGUAAACUGAGAUCUUGCCCUCUGGUUAUUCUGAGAGCAUCGCUACUGAUCAGACUGUAAACAUUCCCUUGUGAUUUUUCCGUUUACUUUUUUGUGUGUGUGUGUGCAGAAAAAGCAUCCUGGUAUUCAUUUACCUGAUGAUAGAACUCCACUGGAAACUAGAAUUUUCCUGCUGUGACCCGUGCCAGCUACUGUAUAGGCAUGAGAUGGCACACUGAAAGUGCAAUGUUUAUUCACACUAGAGAAGUGUUUACUCAUAUGAAUCCGUGCUACAGAUGAAAGAAAACUGAAUUUAGUUGGCGGGUGGGGUAAAAGGGUGACUUAUUCUGCUGACAGCAGGACAUAUUUAGGAAAUGUGAAAAAUUAAAAUGUUGCUCCCUCUCAUGCCCAAGGAGCAGCUCCUUGCAGUAUCUUCUCUCCUUUACAUUGGUUGAAACCCUGUCGCUUUAUAGAAACCUUCUCCAUACGAGUCUACAAGUUCUAUGCUCCCCUCCUCCUCCUCCACCUCAUUGCUGAUUGGGGAAGAGUGUUGCAGGCUGAUACAACUGAUGGACAUCAAGUGGUGGAGGGCUGAAAUACACAUCCAGAUAGUCAGUUAUAGCUCUUAGACCUUCAUGUUCUCCCUCUCUGGCAGACCAUAAAUACAGAGCAUUUUAAAAGUACAUGGAAAUCCAAUAUAUUGAAUCAGUGGAGGAGUAGGGAAAAUUCACAAGCUUUAUACAGUAUAUUAGUCCCAGAAUUGCAAAGCAAGAGGUAUAGAUGCCAAAAUAUAAAGCUAUCGGGCAUUGUUGCCUACCUAUAACUUAGGCCAAUGAUAUUAUGGGAAAGCAGAGUGAUUUGCACAAGUAUCUAAGGUAGUCCAUAGGUAGAGCAGAAGGUGGUAGAAUCCAGAGGUUCUGGGUUUAUGAAAAGUGAGAAAGGUCUAGAGGCUGCCAGUUUGCCCUCAUGUCCCAAACAUUUCUGUAGUUCUUUUCUCCAAUCCUUACAAUGCAUAAGUCUUCCAUCAGUUUCCUGCCUCAAUUUUUUUUGUCUGCUGAUUCCCCCCGCCCCCCAACACCACUUUGGGAAUAAUCAGACACCCCACAACUCACACCUUCUCUUUAGCUUGUGAUUCUCUGUAGCCAGUAUCAUAAUCUAAUGGACUCACCUAUGCAUUUCAAUAUAAAAGAUAUUUAUCCAAUCCUCA